CUAAGGUUUGGAAGAGACCGGGGUUUGGGAUUACUGGAGAAUACCAAAUCCAUCUGUAUGCCCUUCCCAGCACUUCCGUGGUCGAAGUAUCCUGCCGUUUUCUCAGAAACUCGGGAAUCAUACGCGAUGGAUGAAUGCUAAAACCACCUUUUGUUUCCCCUAUUCCGUUUCUCUUAGUUUCCAUUAACCGUUAAAAACGUUUUAAAAUUCCAUUGUCUCAGGAAACGAGCGGUUUACAAUCAUAAAAACAACUUUCCGUGCCGAGAAACUUUAUCAUGAGUGUGCUGCCCCCUGUACGAAAAGACCGUAUAAUCGGCCAGCUUCCUAAGUGCUUCAACAUAGGUGCCGCUUUGCAGACAGAGAAUGAGUUCCACAGCAAGGUGAAGACGGCCUGUCAGCAGCAGAGGACUGGUACAGUGGGUAGGUUUAAAAUCUCUAAGGUCAUCGUCGUGGGCGAUCUGGCUGUGGGGAAAACCUGCUUGAUUAAUAGAUUUUGUAAAAAUGUGUUUGACAAGAAUUACAAGGCCACAAUUGGGGUGGACUUUGAGAUGGAGAGGUUUGAAGUUCUUGGGGUGCCCUUCAGUCUACAGUUGUGGGACACAGCAGGACAGGAGAGAUUUAAGUGCAUUGCCUCUACAUACUACAGAGGAGCUCAGGCUGUAAUUAUUGUGUUUGAUUUGACUGAUGUGGCUUCACUGGAGCAUACAAGGCAAUGGCUGGAGGAUGCAAUGAAGGAGAAUGAUCCUACUAGUGUGUUACUCUUCUUGGUUGGCACAAAGAAAGAUCUGAGUUCUCCUGCCCAGUAUGCACUAAUAGAGCAGGAUGCCAUUAAAAUAGCAGAUCAAAUGAAAGCAGAAUACUGGGCUCUUUCCGCCUUGUCUGGUGAGAAUGUGAGAGAGUUUUUCUUCCGAGUGGCAUCUUUAACUUUUGAGGCAAAUGUGCUCGCAGAACUUGAGAAAAGUGGAUCCAGACGUAUUGGGGAAGUUGUUCAAAUCAACAGCAACUCAAACAACCUGUGUGCAACUUCCAAGAAGAAACAGACCACCUGUUGCCAGUAAAGAAUGACUAUGUGGAAAUCAUGAAAUUUGCACAGACGUAUAGUGGUACCAAAGCAAAACAUAUAUGCAAACUUACAUGUACUUGGGAGAAUCUAAAGGAAGAGAACAGUAGGAUGGACAAUAUUUCAACUACAGGAAUGUAAAGUGAGCAGUGUGGUUUGUUUUUAAUAGAGUCAAACUGAAUUUCUGCUGGAUAACAGAAAACAUAUCUUGAGGUUUUCAUUUUUGUGGCAAAGCGGUAUUCCCUUUCCCAAGAGGUCUAUGCACAAUUUAUUCAUUAACUCCAAGUGUAUUCUGUAUCAGUGAUUAUAGUAUUGUAAAAAUACAUUUUUGUGUUUCAUAUAUCCUUUCUUAAUUUACAGUCGGCAGUUAUUGUAAAAGGUACACGAGAGGAUCAUCCAUGAGUUGCACAAAAAGCAAUAAACAGUAAUUAUCAGAUAUCCUUUAGAUUGAAGUUAUAUAAUAAUUACUUCAUCAUAUAGCUUCAAAAUGGUAUUUGCUCUAAAGACAUUACAUUAGGACUUAAAACAGCUGUUUGAAAAGUUUUUUGUAUUUGCAUUUUUUUUUUUACUUUAAUAAAAUAGAUGGAUGCC